AUGUCUACAGCACAAGAGAAUGCGCAGUCCGUCAAGAUCUUAGAUGAUCUGAUGCAGAAGCUCACCCUUUCUAAGGAUGCAGCGACUAUUAAGGAUGCUUCGCAUUCCUUGGCCUCUUUUAUCAACGGUCGCAUCGAAGACCAAGAGGCCCCUACUAGAACUGUCGAGGCUUUGAAGAAACAGCUAUCCAACAAGAAGGAUGCUGCAGCCCGCGAAAAGGCUGUAAAUGCCAUCCAAGCCAUCGCACAACACUCGGAGAUCGCCCCUAACGUGGAGCCUUACCUGGUCCUUCUGCUGCCUUUGACCCUGGCUGCUAUCGGCGACAAGAUUACCUCCGUCAAGAAUGCCGCUAUCGCAGCGACAACAGCCAUCGUCGAGGCCGUCAACCCUAACGCUGUUAAGGCUAUUCUACCUGCCAUUGUCAAGUCCAUCUUGGAGGCUCAAAAAUGGCCCGAGAAGAUCACGGCCCUCGAGUGUAUCGACAUCUUGGUCCGAACAGCGCCUGCUCAACUGGCUUUCCGUGUCCCUGAGCUAAUCCCUGUCAUCUCCGAGUCUAUGUGGGACACCAAGAAGGAAGUCAAAGAGCGUGCCUAUAAAACGAUGGAGAAGAUCUGCGAGUUGAUUGUCAACAAGGAUAUUGAGAGAUUCAUUCCAGAGCUUAUCAAGUGUAUCGCUAAGCCCGAGAAUGUGCCCGAGACCGUUCACUUGUUGGGUGCCACCACUUUCGUCACUGAAGUUCAAGAACCUACCCUUGCCUUGAUGGUUCCUCUACUGGACCGUGGUCUCGCCGAACGGGACACCGCCAUCAAGCGAAAGGCUGCCGUCAUUGUUGACAACAUGUGCAAGCUCGUUGACGACCCUAACAUCGUUGCGCCUUUCUUACCUAAGAUGAUGCCCGGUCUGCAGAAGAACUUCGACAACUUGGCUGAUCCCGAGGCCCGAGAGAAGACCAAGCAGGCUCUCGACACCCUCAUCCGCGUCGGUAACAUCAAGGAUGGCAAGAUCCCCGAGGUUCGCCACGAUGGUGAUCUCCCUACUGUUCUUGCCCAUCUCCAGGCCGUUAUUCCUAGCAAGCACGCCAAGACGGCGGAGAAACUGACCCCUGUUUUGGAGUACAUUUCUGCCAUCGGUGGACAGCUCGUUGAUGAGAAGGAGACUGAGCCGUCUACGUGGGCUACUUCAGUAAAGCCGUUUGUCACCGUUGUCGUUGGUGAUGUUGACGCCGAGAAGGUUGUUGAAGGUCUCCGUAAGCGUUCUUCUCCAGGCGUCGAGGACGAGGCCGAGCAAGAAGUUGAAGACGAUGACGGCGAGGAUCUUUGCGACUGUACCUUCUCCCUCGCCUAUGGUGCCAAAAUUCUGCUCAACCAGACCCAUCUCAGACUCAAGCGCGGUCGCCGUUAUGGUCUCUGUGGUCCUAACGGAUCUGGAAAAUCCACACUCAUGCGCGCCAUCAACAAUGAGCAAGUGGAAGGUUUCCCUAAACAAAGCGAGGUCAAGACUGUCUUCGUCGAGCACGACUUGGACUCUGCUGACACCGAAAUGACCACCAUUGACUGGACCAUGAAGAAGCUCUCCGAGGCCGGCGUCACCACUAGCCAAGCCGAUGUCGAGAAGCGUCUCGAGGAGUUCGGUUUCACUCCGGCGAUGACUUCAGGAGAAAUCACCGCCCUCUCUGGUGGUUGGAAGAUGAAGCUGGCCUUGUGCCGUGCUGUCUUCGAGGCGCCGGAUAUCCUGCUCCUUGACGAGCCUACCAACCAUUUGGAUGUGAAGAACGUUAAGUGGCUUGAAGAUUACUUGAUCAACUCGCCUUGUACUUCUAUCAUAGUUUCCCACGACAGCGCGUUCCUCGACAAUGUCACCCAGUACAUCAUCCACUACGAGCGAUUCAAGCUGAAGAAGUACAAGGGUAACCUGAAGGAGUUCGUCCGUAAGAACCCACACGCUAAAUCCUACUACGAGCUUGGAGAAUCCGAGAUUGAAUUCUCUUUCCCGGAACCCGGUUUCCUCGAGGGUGUCAAGACCAAAGCCAAGGCCAUCUUGCGUGCUACCAAGAUGAGCUUCCAGUACCCGGGCACACCCAAGCCCCAGCUUACCGAUAUCAGCUUCCAGUGCUCACUCGGUUCGCGUAUUGCAGUCAUUGGCCCCAACGGUGCCGGCAAGUCUACCCUCAUCAACGUCCUCACGGGCGAGCUGAUCCCGACUGGCGGUGAGAUUUACCAGCACGAGAACAUUCGUAUCGCCUACAUCAAGCAGCACGCUUUCGCCCACAUCGAUAACCAUCUCGACAAGACCCCCUCUGAGUACAUCCAAUGGCGUUUCCAGACCGGUGAAGACCGUGAGACCAUGGAUCGUGCGAACAAGAUUAUCACAGAGGAAGAUGAGAAGGCUAUGGACAAGAUCUUCAAGAUCGAAGGCUCCCAGCGCCGCGUAAUCGGCAUAAACAGCCGUAGAAAGUUCAAGAACAGUUACGAGUACGAAUGUUCUUUCGCUCUCGGUGAGAACGUGGGCAUGAAGAAUGAGCGUUGGGUCCCCAUGAUGACAGCCGACAAUGCCUGGCUUCCUCGAACCGAGCUCCUUGUCUCCCAUCAAAAGAUGGUCGCUGAAGUCGAUAUGAAGGAGGCUCUUGCCUCCGGCCAAUUCCGCGCGCUGGUUCGAAAGGAGAUCGAGUCUCACUGCGCCAACUUUGGACUCGACGCUGAGCUCGUCUCCCACUCGAGGAUGCGUGGUCUCUCAGGUGGUCAGCGUGUCAAGGUUGUCCUUGCCGCCUGCUCAUGGCAGAAGCCUCACUUGAUCGUCCUAGACGAGCCUACCAACUACCUCGACCGUGACUCUCUCGGUGCCUUGUCUAAGGCUCUCAAGAAGUUUGAGGGUGGUGUCAUCAUCAUCACUCACAGUGCAGAGUUCACCAAAGACUUGACCGAGGAAGUUUGGGCCGUCAUGGAUGGUAAGAUGACUCCUUCAGGCCACAACUGGGUCCAGGGCCAAGGCUCCGGACCCAGACUGAAGCAGGAAGAUGACGACGAGGAGAAGUUCGAUGCCAUGGGAAAUAAGAUUGUGACCACUAAGAAGAAGGCCAAGUUGACUAGCUCCGAGGCUAGAAAGAAGAAGAAGGAACGCAUGGCCCGCCGAAAGCGUGGUGAGGAGGUCUUCUCCGAUGAGGAUGAAUAG